GACACCGUGACUUGUGGGUGAGGUGGAGGCCCGAAAAGAAAUUUUGUUCGGAGGUCACGGGAUCGGGAUCACCAACAUUAAAAAAAAGAAUGAGUGGCAACAUGUUGCUGCGGCAGUGAACGCUGUCAGUGGUACGGAGCGUACAGUAGCUGAAUUGAAAAAAAAGUGGUCCGACAUAAAGGUACAUUUUUAUUUCCUCACGCACAGCACACGUUUAUAAUUAAUUGCUCAAAUGUUACUGGUCAUAUAGUGAAGAUCGUUAAUUACAGGUGGGUGCAAAGCAGAGGCUGUCCUCACACCGCCAGAGCGUGACUGCAACUGGAGGGGGACCCACACUGUAAAAAAUGAUUUGAUCAAUAAGUUAUGAUAACUUAUUUAUUUCAACAACUCUAACUUAAAAUAAUGUUUUAUGACCUUUCAAUUCAAAUGUAUGAGUUUUCAAUCUUCCAAUUUAGGUUCAUAAGUUACUUCAAUGAAUCACAAAUUCCUGGUGCUUGAAUGAACUUGCCAUUUUAAAUUGAGUGCAGUGCAACUGGCGUGUGCGUAGGACAGCUCUUUGCGCAUGUGCGAGUCCAGCCUCGAGACAAUGAGAUUGAAUUUGGAGUUGGCGCCACUCGCCAGCCACCUGCAAGCAGUCGAGACGGCUUUUGGUGCUUUGUGAAUUACCAGGCUUGGCUACACGUUAGAUGAAGUGGACUUGUUGAAGUGAUCCACGAUGCUGCUGCGAGUUGUCCUCUGUGAAACGGAUAUCAGACGCCUUUCCAUCGAAAACACCCCCCAGAGUGUUGAGGAACUGUGCGAGGUGUUGCGUGCAAACCUUUCCUUGAGAGGUGGAUUUAUUUUACAAUUUGAGGACCCUGCGUUCAAGGAUCAGCUGACCAACCUGACCGACAUCCGAGACCUUCCUGAGGAACGAGCAACAUUGAAAGUGUUGUUCACAGCUGAUGCAUUUCUCUCAGUUUCCACAUUGGAUACAGCCAGCCUUCCAUCUCUCAGUAGUGGGGAAUCUGACUCCCAGCAAUGGCCUGAUCCCUUCCCGAUUCCACAGUUCUCACAUGACGUUGAACUCACGCUGCAAGAAGCAAAUAGAAGAUAUGCAAAAGAUGGAUCUGUGAUGGUGAUUCCUAAAGGUAUGAAAACCGAUAUCCUGGACACAUAUGCAGACAGCAUGUCAAAGAUUAGACCUUAUCCUGAGAGGCAACACUACGAGAAUGUUGCAAAAGCGCUUGUGGAGAAGCAUCCCAGUCUCAAAGAGCCAGGUUCUGGAAAGGGUUGGUACGGCUGGUUCCACAGCCUGAAGUUUAAGCUCGGAAACUAUCGGCAGAAGUUAAGUGCAGCUGGAUGCCCAGAGGUGAGAGUCAACAAAAGAAUAGGAGAAGAUGCCAAGGGAUCACGUGUGAAGAAGUCAAAGAAGGGCGAGGUCCACUACUGUCCAGAUCCCCCUGAAGGACUGAGUGCUGAAGACAUGGAAGGGAAGCGGAGGAUGAUUGAGUAUGUGUCCUUGGACCUUGGACCUGGAUCAUCAACGGAUAGAGGAGCUGAUGUCUGCCACAUUCUCCAAGCACAGAAAGGAGAUCGUAGGGGAUCAACCUCUCAUCGGGGAUGUCAUGACCAGAUGGCCGGCCAUGUUCUGUGAGAGACAGGUUCGGGCGGAGUUCAAAAGAAUCGUAAGCACAGACCUUCUUGAGUCAUUCCUCAACGGACUUGAUGACCUGGUACCAAGACUGCUUGAAGUGUACGAAGCUGUGACCAAGUCGGGGAAGAAGCCUGCACUGAAAGCCAUUUUAGACUGUGUGAAGAAAGAUAACACAAACGAAAGGAGAAGGACUGUUGCUCUACUGGGUCUGCCACACUACCUAUCCGAAGACCCAUCCGACAUCAUUAGGAUGUGUGAUGCCCAUGGUGAGAGUCUGGCUGCAGCCAUGAAGGGGAUGCAACUUGGCCUACUGAUAGGCUAUGAAGGUGACAACCAGGAUGCCUUUCCAGAGGUCUUCGAUGUGGCAGUUGUGGUUGAAGAAAACAUUGUGCUACACAACUUCAAGGAUGUGCCAUCCAGCUUCACCAUGCUUCUGGGGAUCAUCUACUGCGUUAACCUUGAGUAUCCACGAGCCAUGAAGUAUUCCUUUGAGUUCCUGCAGAAGGUAGUGAUGAAGAUCAAACCAGAUGAGGCCUCUGCCAGAGUCCACGGUGUCCGAAACAAGCUCCUGAGGUAUAAACUGUAAAGCAUGCCCCACUCGGGAAUGGAAUGGUAAUGCAAAAAAAAUGACGUGAUUUUGUGUUUUUGUUGUUUUACUGUUGUAGUGUACGUUCAUGCACGCAAAUGCCCCGAGUGGGAAACUACUGUUGUAGUGUACGUUCAUGUUGUUUUACUGUUGUAGUGUACGUUCAUGCACGCAAAUGCCCAGAGUGGGAAACUACUGUUGUACUGUACAUUCACAAGCUUGUGUAGCUUUUAUUGGCUUAACAUUGGUUUUAAUAAAAAAAAAAAUAUUGUACUCAAAUUUGUGUUUUUGUAGCUAAUUGUUAAGUGAAAA